AUGCAGGAUGGUAUUGACUGUGGAGUUGCUCAGUGGGUUGAUGCCCCAUGGCCUUCUAUUCUGCAAAGAUGUUUGGAGAAGAUAUGGGAGAUGUUUCAUGAGGAGAAUCAUGGCAGAAUGAUUGACCAUGAGAAGUAUAAGAAAGAGUUGGACAAGGUCAACAAGCAGUUGGAUACACUUGGGGAUCAGUACAGUCAGCUGGUUGAGGAAGUCACCAAGAUGUUUGAUUGGGCAGAUCAGAACAACAGGGUCAUGAGUGAUGAAGAGUUCAAGCAGAAGCAGAUGGAUGUGGACAAGGACAUGGAGAAGCUAGCUAUCAGCAAGGAGAAGCAGAGUGCUGACUUUGGCAAGAUGAAGGAGAUGGAGAAGCUGGCUCAGGAGCUGAAGGAGAUGAAGUGCAUUCUUAGGUCUCAGGGGGAGAUCAUUAGGAACACAAGGAAGGAGAGGGAUGAGAUGAAGAAAGAGAGGGACAGGCUGGUAGAGGAGAAGAAGAAGCUGGAGUUUCUGGUGGGUGAUCUUAUGAAAGCUGGUCAUGGCAACAAGGACAAGCUUGCCAAGAUCAAGUCAAUCCUUGAUGAGUGA